UUGUCGAAAACUGUAGAAUCAUUUGCAAAAUUUGUUGAGUAAACAAUAAAGAAUUAUUAGGCAUGCAAAUAUUUAUUCACCGAAAGAACAUCCAUAGACAAGAGAAUAUUCAGAUGACAGAAUUUAAAUAGUAAUUUUGUUAAGGUGACAACCCUGGUGUUUUGUUGUGGUUUUGCACGACCUGCUGAUCAAUUCAGUUAAAAAAUAUGUGCCACUGGGUCAUAUAAGUUCACAGGCUGGUAAAACAAAUACUUCGUCGCGAUAAGGAACUGGGUCCUACUUACACUAAUGGGUUGUAUCGAAGCAUAGAAAUAACAAUGGACUACAGUUUCAGCAGCAGCAGUGGUUCCAACAGCCCACGUUGUCACAAUGCCGAUUCUACCCAACUGAUGUCUAAUAAAGGUAUCAAUGUAGUGGAAGCUGCUCCCAAUUCCACUCCUGCGUCACUGUCCGUUCUGGACUCAUCUUUUGAUGCGAACAAAGACAUUCAGGCCACUGAAUGUGAUACUUUCCUCCUUAGCAGUGCCAUCGAAGGCAGGGUUUCCCGCGCUUUUAACACCUCUGCAACUGUGCACCAUUAUCGGAUACGGGGAUCCUGCUGGGCACGCGCCCACUCUUUUGUAGUACUAAACUGGUACUUGGGACUCCUUUUGCCAGUCUCGAUCCUAGGCGUGCUGCUCUUAGUUGGCUGGUUGACGAGGGAUUACGCUCGACAACUUUUGCUUUGGAUUGAGGAGCAAAACAACUGGAUAAUUUUCGGCGUUUUCAUGGGGCUCUUUACAGUGGUUAGCUUUCCGGUAGUAGUUGGCUACUUUGUAUUGCUCAUUACGGCAGGCUACCUGUUUGGUUGCCUUCGCGGUUUAUUGACCGUGAUUUUGGGCGCAAAUUUAGGGGUCGCUAUCGCCCAUGCUACAAUUCGUUCGUGUCGCCACCGUAUCCCAGUACACAGGUUGAUUAAGAAUGAUACGGGACGCGCCAUUCUUCGCGUGAUAUCUGGACAGAAGGCUUUCCGUGUUGUGCUACUUACUCGACUCACGCCCAUUCCGUUUGGGCUGCAGAAUGUUAUAUUCGGGGUUAGUUCGAUCAACUCGAAGGACUACCACCUAGCCAGUUUGAUGGGCCUGUUGCCAGCACAGGCUAUCAAUGUGUACUUGGGCUCUACUUUAAGAUCCAUGCACGAGGUGCUUAAUGAUAACCACACCAAGGUGACGGGAUAUCUUAGUUUUGCCUUUGAGGUCGUUUGUGGCGUUGUGCUUAUGUUGUGGGUAGUGCAAAAGGCACGGAAGGAGCUUUCCGAGUCACUUUUAAGCGCGGAUUAUGACAACGAAAGUAAACACCCGGAAUUGCAGGUGUAACAGGAUUAAUGAGAACAGGAUAUUCUCUAAUUAAGUUCCCGGAGCUUCCAAAGUUCAAAUUAAUCUCUUGAACAGUUGGAAAAAGACUGUAUUUGUGCAUUAUUUGUGCUAGUCUUAAAUAGCCCAAGUUAAAUACGAUGCCAAACAAUACGUUAUUCUAAGGAGUUUAAUCUUUUAUAUAUAAUAUAUGUAUAUAAGUAAGCCAAGGUCCUUCCAAGGUGCAUUUGUUGGAUCAUCCGCAAAAUUGUAUAUGUAUUCAAAGGUCUAUAU